UGGGCGCCUCCGCCCUCCCGGGCUCCAGUCCGGCGGCGGGAGGCUUGGGGCGGCGCUUCGGUUUGUGGGAGCCGCCGUGGUGUGAAGGCGCGAGGCCGGUGAGAAGGGCCGGGCCUUGUAGUCUCCUUCUCCGGGUCUGCGGCUCCCCGUCCCAGAUGGACAGGGUGUGCGCCGUGUUCGGAGGCUCCCGGGGCAUCGGCAAGGUGGUGGCCCGCUUGAUGGCCCAGAGAGGCUACCGACUGGCCAUCGUCGCCCGGAAUCUGCAGGGGGCCAGAGCCGCGGCCGGGGACCUGGGCGGAGAUCAUUUGGCGUUGAGCUGUGAUGUUGCCAAAGAACAUGAUGUUCAAAAUACAUUUGAAGAGAUAGAGAAGAACUUAGGUCGAGUUAAUUUCUUGGUAAAUGCAGCUGGAAUUAACAGGGAUAAUCUCUUAGUAAGGACAAAUGCCGAAGAUAUGCUAUCUCAGCUUCAUACUAACCUCUUGGGCUCCAUGCUGACCUGUAGAGCUGCCGUGAAGACAAUGAUUAAACAGCAGACAGGGUCCAUUGUGAAUGUGGGAAGCGUUGUAGGUGUAAAAGGCAGUUCUGGGCAGUCCGUGUACAGCGCCAGUAAAGGCGGGCUAGUUGCGUUCUCACGCGCUCUUGCUAAAGAAGUAGCAAGAAAGAAAAUUAGAGUGAAUGUAGUUGCGCCAGGUCUCAGGGAAGCCCGCCGCUCGCACACACAAUGCAAUUGGAGGACGCAGCCAACAGUGCACGACAGCCAUUCCAAACCAGAGAGCAGGACGGGGGAACCUAGCAACGCAGCAAAACAAAGUCAAACAUUUGUGUUUCCAUUCCGCCGUGUCUUCAGGAUGGGAUUAGAGUCGGACGUAGGCGGAGCCUGUGGCCCUCGGUUCGGCGGCUGCCUGCUGUAACGCGUCACAGGCCCUUAUGGUCCCGCUCAACUGCGCGACCAUCUCCCGGGAGCUGCCGGGCUGAGGAUGCUCCACGGCCAGUGCUUGCCCAGAGCAGUGUGUUCUGUCCCAGGUGGAAACUGCACGCCAUCAACAACAUCUAACGUGUUCCUUAUGCCCUGAGGACUGACCCAGGUGGAAAAUUAUUCUAUAAACUAACCUGCUGACCGUGUUUUCCUCUUUCCUUGCUUCUCACCCCUUCUGUUGGCUCUCGGGAAUUAUCUUCCGCUGCUCUGGAGAGCUCGGCCGUCCGUGUUUCAUUACCGAACUCAUUUUUCCAUCAGCCUUUUCCUCUUUCCCUGUGUCACUUCACAUCGUGGAGGCCACGGUGCACCAGAAAAGAGAUGGAGUUGUCUCCCUCCCAAACCCAAGUCCUUCCAUAACGUGGAAAAAAAUGAAGGUAUCAAAGGGCAUCAAGGAAGCAGGGAGCCCAGGUCAGCGGACCCCACGCUAUGCUUCUGGGACUAACGUAUUUUGAAAAACUUAGCUUUUACUUUUGAGAUUUAUUUUCAGUGCCUAUUUACAUCAUGCUUCUUUUAAACCGUGUUUUCAUUCACAAAUUACGAGAACGGCGAAGUCCUUUACUAUGUACCGUAGCAGCUGCUUCUGAAGGUGAGACUAUGGAGCGUGAAGCAUUUCUGUCACGUGUUCCUACAGCAGCAAGCGACGACCUGCAGCACGGAGCAGGGAGAGCAACAGGGCGCGGCUCGUCAGGGCUGAAACGCCACUUCGUUUUCCUAAGUGGGCAGGAAGUUCACUCCAGUUUCUCGGUGAUGACUCACAAAACCCACACCUGGCAGGUGUGGACACACCUGCUACUGAAGAGCCGGCCGGAGGAGGAGUCUCACCCCCGCGCGGACAUCAACCAGGCGACUCACUCAGAAACUUGCAAGAGCGACUGCCAAGUACCCUAAACACCAAGACUCACAACCGUGUCAGGCUGAGGCCCAGCGCCCACGCUUAGCAUGUCCUCAGAUGCCCCUCAGGAGCCUCGCCUCAGACGCCUGCCUUUCGGUCAUUUCAGUAGGAAAGGAGACGCCUAGUUACGAGAACGCACCCCGUUAAUGAGGAUCCUCGUGGGCCCGACCUCGAGAGCCAGCGGGAUUCCGGCAUCAGGACCUGCCCUGUCCCGGGGCCUCGAGGGCUCUGGGACACAGGGCGGCCACACCGCUGCUUGCUUGACUCACAGACAGGACGGGCGAGUCUGCUAGAAGAGCCGGGCUCCUGGUGAGCUGAGGUAAACGGCCACUGCUCAUUUCUCUGUCUCGCCUCCGAAAGGUAAAGGGCGAAGAACCAGACAGGGCGAGCCACGGGGGGCGUGGCCAGGGCUCCGGUGAAGCAGCGGAGCGCACGGCCCGGCACGAGGGCAGCGCCCCGCCGUUGGGGGGGGGGGGGUCUCCUCCCGGCCGCGGCGUGGCUCCCGCCAGCCCAGCUGUGCACGUGGGCUCUGCAGCUGAGCCCUCCUCCCAGGGCCCCGGCCGUGCAGUCGCAACCGAGCCGCCCCUGCCGGGAACGCCUCUCCCAGGGUGGAGGCUGGAAGUGCCCGCGCCAGCACCGCGCUGGGGAGAGAUUCCAGCCCGCACUGACUUCUGGACUCACGGCGCUGAGGGAGGGACACAGCCGGGCUCCACGGCCCCUGCCAGCUCAGGGUGCUGCUCCGAGAAGGGGGACUAGCGUCCUCGAACUUAAACAGUGGCAACAACCUGCGCUUACUGGAAGCCCGUCACAUGCCAGGUAAACCAAGCGCUCUACAUGCAUCGUUUAAAUUCGUAUUAUUUUUCUCACUUCAUGGACGAGGAAGCGGGCUUAGAGAUUCAGGACUUGCUAAAGGCCACGCGGCCAGAACCCAACUCAGACCUGCCCGGUGCCGGGUGCUGGCUCUGCACCCCGAUCUGCACCCCCGACUCUUCCGAAUUGUCCCUACGUCUCCACUCCUGGUCUUCAUUGCGUCACUUCCGUCUUCUGACUUUGCCCCUCCUCCUUUUCCAUGUUGAACGGGCAUCUUCAGCCCUCCUUCACCUGGUUGGUCAGGGGUUUAAUAACCAUGCAGAGACCGCCACCCUGGAGCCCAGCCGCCUGCCCGCUGCCACCUGCCUGGCCCUUCCCGUUAGAACUUCCCCACAUGGAAAGCUACGUCACCUGAAGAGACUAGAAGCAGACUCAAAACUUGCAGUGUGACAUUUCUCUUGUUCUAUCUAUAAAACUGCUCACUCCAGUAACAGUUCAAAACAUUCACUAGGAAAAACGCCUUGAGGUGGACAGCGGGACCCCAGGAAUGGUGAGCACAUAAGGAACACAGUGAAUUUUCUAGCUCCAUAACCCACCCUAGCCUUUCCAGGGCACAAGAGAAAUGAAGAACCCAGGGCAAAGAAAAAUUCUGGAUUUUGCUGAGCACUCCACUACUUUUUUAAGAGGCAGAAAACUGAAAAUCGAAAUUGGUUAAUAGAGUUGUAGUAGUAACAUCAAAGAUCACAGACCACCAUAACAAAUGUAAUAAUAAUUAAAAAGUUUGAAAUAGAACAAGAAUUACGAAAUGUAACACAGACAUGUAAAGUGAGCAAAUGCUGUUAGAAAAACAGCAGUGAUAGACUUACUCAACACAGGGUUGCCACAAAACUUCAAUUUGUAAGAAACGCAAUAUCUACAAAGUGCAAUAAAGAUGCAAUUAAAAAAAAAGUAGUCAAGGAAACAUACUAAAAAUAUAAUUAAAAAAAGAGAAAGUUCCACUUUCGUUCCCUCAAAUACAAACAACAUGAACACAAAUAAGCAUUAAAAUGUAACUUAUUGUAAAGGCUGUGAUUCUGACUAUUUUUCAAAGGGAUGGUCAUGUGUUCGUUGAUUGAAAAGUUAGAAACUCCAGAAGGCGUUAACUUGGAAACUUUCUUGUCAGUGCAGAGUCGGCUGUCCUGGAUCAUAGCCUGAUUUGUGGGCAAUUUCAGUUUCACUCUUACCAUCACUGCAGAAAUGUAUCUUUACAUGACAAUGUAACCCGAGGACAGUAUAACACUGUACAAACUUUCAGAAGUCUGUACGCUUUGCUAAAAUGAUUUGUAUCAUUUUCUUCAUUUUCUAACACUUAAUAUUUCCUUCAAAAGAAAUAAUGAAAUAGGGAAUGAUAUAAAUAGAUCAGAGAUUUUUUAAAAAGAUAAGUUCUGGGCAAUCUUCAUCAGUUACAUAAUAAAACUGUUAACUUUAGCUUUCUUUUUUAAAAAAGAGUGUUUUUUACCAAACUGGGAAAAGAAUUUGAAAAAGAAUAUAUAUAUAUGUGUAAGUGAAUCACUUUGCUGUACAACUGAAACUAACACAACAUUGUAAAUCAACUAUCGUCUAAUAUAAAAUAAAAUUUUUUUUAGAAGUG